CCUGGGAAAGUCCAGGACGGAGCUUAUUUAUGCCCCAGGUUCCUAACAGAGGUUCCGGGACUGCUAGUCCAGGCCGAGUGUUUUGAGUUGUACUGAUGUAUCUCAGGUGGUUAAUUAAAGAGGCAGCUCAAGCCUGGAGAGUGGGGAGUUCCUGGCUGGGGAAAGACACAGGAAAGCUGUAUGUGUGAGAGGGACUGAAAUCACCAAAAGGAUCAGCAUCAUGAGUAACAUAGAGAGUGUGGCACAGAGUUACCAGCACUUUAACCCCAGGGCUUAUCUACAGAAUAACUAUGUGCCCCCCCGGGCAGACUUCUCCAAUGAGGACAGUGUUGUACAGUGGAAGCUCCGCUGCUUGGCCGAUACCUGCGCCACAGGAGAGAUUGCUGGGCAGACACUUGUAGACAUUGGAUCGGGUCCCACAAUUUACCAGAUCUUGAGUGCGUCGGAGCAUUUUGCAGAGGUGGUGCUGACGGAUUAUCUGGAAGUGAAUCGGGCAGAGCUCAGGCGGUGGCUGCAAGAUGAGCCUGGGGCGUUUGACUGGAGUCCAUAUAUGAAACAUGUGAGCAAGUUAGAGAGAACAGGGGGUACGUGGCAGGAGAAGCAGCAACGUAUCCGUGAGCGGGUGAAGAAGGUGCUGCCUGUAGAUGUGCAUCAGUCUAAUCCAUUAGGUGAGGAGAUGGGCACGGCUUCUGUAGAUACUCUAGUAACUACCUUCUGCCUGGAGGCCUGUAGCCCAAACCUACAGAUGUUUAAUAAGGCCCUGGGCAACAUCACCAGCCUCUUGAAACCCGGGGGUCACUUGCUCUUUAUCGGUGCCUUGGAGGAGUCGUAUUAUUUGGCAGGAGAGGCCAAGUUAAACGUAGUUCCCGUCACCGAGGAGAUUGUCCGAAACGCGCUGUCCGACGCCAGCUACAAGAUCAAGGAAUUUAAAACCUACGUCAUGCCCCCCGCACUAAAGGUUGGGGUAGAUGAUGUCAAUGGCGUGUUCUUUGCCUGGGCCCAAAAACAGGACUCACAAUAAAACCCCAACGACUCUGAUUAUAAAUUAGAUAUCAUUUUGGCCCUCUUGAUGGAAAGAAAUAUGAUGUAUAAUCAAGUUAUGCAUUUAACAUUUAGGAUUAAAUAUAAACUGCUUAGAGAUGUGUGGGUGAACCCUUCCUACCUCUACCCCUCACAUUGAUUUUUUAUUUCUCUUGUAUUUGUCUAAUGGAAAUAUUCUAUAAGUCCUAUAUAAAUAUCAUUAUAGCUUCA